GCGGCAGCGGCAGCGGCGACCUAGGGGGUUUCGGAGUCGGGGGAAAGCCGGGGAAGGACCGGGGUUCCGGGGACGGCGACAGCCACUCGCUGAGACGGAGGGACGGCGCUGCGGCCCUCCGCCUCCCCGGGACGAGAGGUCGCCGCCUCGCUCUCCGAGGGCCUCGCUCCUCUCCCAGCUGCCCGGCUCGGGCGGUGGCAGCGGCUGACAAAGGGCUCGCGCCGGUGCCGCCGCCCUUCGCAUCCGGGCAUCCGGGUCCCCGCGGAGAGGGCGGGGGCAGGGCGGAGGGGGAGGGGAAGCAGCCCGCGGGGCGCGCGCGCGAGCAGCCGAGCCCCCCUCUCCCGGGCUCCGGGCCGGCGGCCCAACGGACGGAGGCCGACGAGGACCCGCAGAGGUGGCGGCGGCCGUGGGCAGGAGGAGGAUGGUGCAGAAGGAGAGCCAGGCGGCGCUGGAGGAGCGGGAGAGCGAGCUCGGCGCCAGCGCCGCCGCCUCCGCGGGGGCCUCGUUGGAGCCGCCGGCAGCCGCGGCCCCCGGCGAAGACAGUCCCGGCGGGGCCGGGGGAGCAGUGGUGGCCGGGGCGGCCGGGGGCGCCCGGAGGUUCCUGUGCGGCGUGGUGGAAGGAUUUUAUGGAAGACCUUGGGUUAUGGAACAGAGAAAAGAACUCUUUAGAAGGCUCCAGAAAUGGGAAUUAAAUACAUACUUGUAUGCCCCGAAAGAUGACUACAAACAUAGGAUGUUUUGGCGAGAGAUGUAUUCAGUGGAAGAAGCUGAGCAACUCAUGACUCUCAUCUCUGCUGCACGGGAAUAUGAGAUAGAGUUCAUCUAUGCUAUUUCACCUGGAUUGGAUAUUACCUUUUCUAACCCCAAAGAAGUAUCCACAUUGAAACGCAAACUGGACCAGGUUUCUCAGUUUGGAUGCAGGUCAUUUGCUUUGCUUUUUGAUGAUAUUGACCAUAAUAUGUGUGCAGCAGACAAAGAGGUAUUCAGUUCUUUUGCUCAUGCCCAGGUCUCCAUCACAAAUGAAAUCUAUCAAUACCUAGGAGAGCCAGAAACUUUCCUCUUCUGUCCCACAGAAUAUUGUGGCACUUUCUGUUACCCAAAUGUGUCCCAGUCGCCUUAUCUAAGGACUGUGGGUGAAAAACUUCUACCUGGGAUUGAGGUGCUUUGGACAGGUCCCAAAGUUGUUUCUAAAGAAAUUCCAGUUGAGUCUAUUGAAGAGGUUUCAAAGAUUAUUAAGAGAGCUCCAGUAAUCUGGGAUAACAUUCAUGCUAAUGAUUACGAUCAGAAGAGACUCUUUCUGGGUCCAUACAAGGGACGUUCUACAGAACUCAUUCCACGGUUAAAAGGAGUUCUCACUAAUCCAAAUUGUGAAUUUGAAGCUAACUAUGUCGCUAUCCAUACCCUUGCCACUUGGUAUAAAUCAAACAUGAACGGAGUAAGAAAAGAUGUAGUGAUGACUGAUAGUGAAGACAGCACUGUGUCAAUUCAGAUCAAGUUAGAAAAUGAAGGCAGCGAUGAAGACAUUGAAACUGAUGUACUCUAUAGUCCUCAGAUGGCUCUAAAGCUAGCUCUGACAGAAUGGCUGCAGGAAUUUGGCGUACCUCAUCAGUACAGCAGUAGGCAGGUCGCACACAGUGGAGCUAAAGCAAGUGUGGUUGAUGGGACUCCUUUAGUCGCAGCAUCAUCUUUAAAUGCCGCUACUGUGGUUACAACGGUUUACCAGGAGCCCAUUAUGAGCCAGGGCGCAGCCUUGAGUGGUGAACCGACAGCUCUCACGAAGGAAGAAGAAAAGAAACAGCCAGAUGAGGAACCCAUGGACAUGGUAGUGGAGAAGCAAGAAGAAACAGAUCACAAGAAUGACAAUCAAAUACUAACUGAAAUUGUUGAAGCUAAAAUGGCAGAGGAAUUGAAACCAAUGGAUACUGAUAAGGAAAGCAUAGCUGAAUCAAAGUCCCCAGAAAUGUCUAUGCAGGAAGAUUGUAUUAGUGACAUUGCACCAAUGCAGACUGAUGAGCAGACAAAUAAGGAACAGUUUGUGCCCGGUCCUAAUGAGAAGCCUUUGUACACGGCAGAACCAGUGACUCUGGAGGAUUUGCAGUUACUUGCUGAUCUGUUCUAUCUUCCUUAUGAGCAUGGACCCAAGGGAGCACAGAUGUUACGGGAGUUCCAGUGGCUUCGAGCAAAUAGCAGUGUUGUCAGUGUCAAUUGCAAAGGAAAAGACUCUGAAAAGAUUGAAGAAUGGAGGUCACGGGCAGCCAAGUUUGAAGAGAUGUGUGGACUCGUAAUGGGCAUGUUCACUCGGCUCUCCAAUUGUGCCAACAGGACGAUCCUUUAUGACAUGUACUCCUAUGUUUGGGAUAUCAAGAGUAUAAUGUCUAUGGUGAAGUCUUUUGUACAAUGGUUAGGGUGUCGUAGUCAUUCUUCAGCACAGUUCUUAAUUGGAGACCAAGAACCCUGGGCCUUUAGAGGUGGUCUAGCAGGAGAGUUCCAGCGUUUGCUGCCAAUUGAUGGGGCAAAUGAUCUCUUUUUUCAACCACCCCCACUGACUCCCACCUCCAAAGUUUAUACUAUCAGACCAUACUUUCCUAAAGAUGAGGCUUCCGUGUACAAGAUUUGCAGAGAAAUGUAUGACGAUGGAGUGGGUUUACCUUUUCAAAGUCAGCCUGACCUUAUUGGAGACAAAUUGGUAGGAGGACUGCUUUCUCUCAGCCUGGAUUACUGUUUUGUCCUAGAAGAUGAAGAUGGCAUAUGUGGCUAUGCCCUGGGCACAGUAGAUGUGACCCCCUUCAUUAAGAAAUGUAAAAUUUCCUGGAUUCCCUUCAUGCAGGAGAAGUAUACCAAGCCAAAUGGUGAUAAAGAACUUUCUGAGGCUGAGAAAAUAAUGUUGAGUUUCCAUGAAGAACAGGAAGUGUUACCAGAAACUUUCCUUGCCAACUUUCCUUCUCUGAUAAAGAUGGAUAUUCACAAGAAAGUGACUGACCCAAGUGUAGCUAAAAGCAUGAUGGCUUGUCUUCUGUCUUCAUUGAAGGCUAAUGGUUCGAGGGGGGCUUUCUGUGAAGUAAGACCAGAUGAUAAAAGAAUUCUGGAAUUUUACAGCAAGUUAGGCUGUUUCGAAAUUGCAAAAAUGGAAGGAUUUCCGAAGGAUGUGGUUAUACUUGGUCGAAGCCUGUAACAUUUGUGUCAUAACUGUAAACUGUCCAAAAGUCUCUUAACUUCACCUAGUGGGUGGUGUUGAAGGGUCUUCAUGCAGUUUAGCCUCUGGAGUGACAGCAGAUCGGCCAAUUGGGAUUGGAAACAAAGAAGACUGUUGAAAUCUCACACUCAGACUACUCACAGGUUGGAAGAAGAUAGUAUUGCCUCAAAUCUUACAUGAAGCAGGGAUAUGGGCCUCCUUAUUUUGUGUCUUGAAUUAGGUGUCAAGACUUUUUACGUGGGCUUACAGGGAGGGGGGCCAAUAAAUGUAGUUGGCACUAUUUUAGGCAUCCAGUGUGGUUGCAUUUCUCACCUAAGAGUGAUCAACAUUUGUCAUCCUCCUCUGCUUAAUUGAAUGAAGUAUUUUUCAUUCUUUGGGGAUUUGGCAGGGAUAAGAAAGAUUUAGUGAGCUUCAGAGGCUUCAAGGUGGCGAUUCUCUGUGGGAUGACUGCAGCAUGGUUAAAAGCUGAAUAAACAGUUUCAGUUAUGGAUAGUUUUUCUGCCUUUUGUAAGCCACAGCCAGUCGUCUCCUAUAAUGACCAUUGGUUCAGGCAUGUUGUGCUUUUGUAGGGACAGAUGUGCAGUUGUUUGUGGCAAAGCCUAAAAAUUACAAACUUGUAAAAUUUUUGUACAUAAACUACCUGUGACCUGAC